CCAUGACGAAUUAUCACGCGUGGGACUCCAAGGUCACCCGUGGGAUUGCGGUCCCAACAGUGCUUGCGGACAUUGACAGGCAGAUGAACUUUGCAGCGAAGUGGACGAGCAGGAUAAACGAGACGAAGAAGCCAACAAUGAGGCUCUUGGACUUGGAAAUGGUCCGAAAGGUGGAGCUGUACAAGUGCAGCCGGCUGGAGUUGUCCCUGGACCAGCCUUUGGGCACGUUGCAAGUGGACGAGUGUGAGGAACCUGUGGCAGUGAAGUAUGCUGAACGAGAUCAUGUAGGGAAAGCGUAUCACCAGAACUCGCCUGGCUUCAGCAUGUCCUGGGGCCUCUGCGGGCCGGCAAGUUCCACAGUGGUUGGCCAAGCGGGAUCGUUCCAGCUUCUGACAUGCUUGGUAGACACAGACCUUCGCACAGAGCCUGUGAGGCGUGGCGAGGGAGAGUUUCCACUAGACGCUCGGAGGGCGAGUCCAGCUUCUGACCAACCUGAGCCCGAGGCAGCUCCAGCUUCUGAGCAGCGACGGCAAGAGGCUGAAAAGCACCGCUUGGCCGGCAACGACAUGUUCCGUGCAUCGGACUUCAGUCAGGCUGCCGCCUUGUACUCGCUGGCGCUCCAACUUGCACCUGACAUGGGUGCCGUUUGGGCAAAUCGUGCCCAGUGUUGGCUCAAAAUGGGUGAUCAUGAGAAGGCCUUCGCAGAUGCCGAGAAGUGCACGGAGGUCGAGCCCAUGAACCCGAAGGGCUGGUUCCGGAAGGGCAUCAGCCUGCAUGCAAUGCAACGCUACGCGGAAGCCAUUCCUGCUCUCCUUGAGGCUGAGAAGUUGGAGCCCUCCAACAAGCAGAUCCUGGAUGCGAUCAAGAUGGCCCAGCUCAUGGCCAGGAAGUCCGCCUGA